AAGUCAGAGCUUCCUAACUUUUAAGUACAGCACUCUAUCCACCUUGCCAUCUACCUGCCCUUGGAAAUCGAUAAUACUUGGGAUGAAAUAUGAUUAACCACAUCCAAAUAAUUCAGUGUGACUUCAUGGUACUAGCAACACUGCUUCUAAGGAGGUACAAUAUGUUUUCCAUUACUGCUAAUGACAAGUUUAUAUGAUAGGACAUAGUUUAUAAGUGAAAGAAUGUUCAGAGAGAAGUAAUGAUUAGCUGAACAUGAUAUUUCUUACUGCCCACACUUUUCUUGCUGAGCAUGUCUUAGCCCUUUUCUUGGAUUCAUCAUGUCCCAACUCACAGACUCUUGAAACCUUACAUUGAGGGUCAUAGGUCUGACCUAUAGUAUUAUUUAUCUCCAGGAGAUGUCAGAAAAGAGUAACAGUUAAAUUCCAGACCUCUGACAUCAAUCUGACCUGAAAGCUCCUUGAAGAACAGUUUAGAAAAGUUACUGAGUCUAAAUUAGCCAGAACUGAAGAAAAUCUGUGCAUGAAAUGGACAGAGCCUUCCCAGGGUUGUAGCCAUAAGGGUGCAAUAAAUCAGUAAAUGCUACAGCAAGGAGUCACUUUAAAUCUGGCUUUAGACCAUUUGUAGACACAAGGAAAGAGGCAAAAGCCCUUUGAGCUCAUAUUUAUAAAACCUCAUUCCUUUAUCUUCUCUGGCUUUGCAUUUUUUUUUUUAUUUCCUCAUACCAUCAUCUUUGCUGUAUUAGGUACGAAUUUUGCUUUGAUGUUUCUCUGAAUGACCCCCAUUUACAUGAGGUAGCUUGCUUAAAUGAAGGUAUCCAUUUGUAUAGAAUGCAAUUAGUCCAGUGGAUCGAUAGAGGGAGUAGAGGAACAGAGAGAAAAAGAGAGGAGAAAAAUUUUGAGACUGACUGACUAUGUGCAUGCCAGCUGGGGAAAGGAGGAGUGGUUGCCUCUGACUGCUCCACCCUCACUUUGUGUCAGCAGGUAGAGAGAGUGAUUGCAGUCCCAGGGGAGGGAGUCCGAGAGCUAAUACAAACCACAGGCUUCCUCUAGGGAUUUUAUCCAGAAUUGCUUUUCUGGAAGGGAAGCCCUCGAUUCCUACCGAACUUUCCAAAUCCACUCCAUGAUUCAGAUUUACUGCUCCUCUGGGAUUUUUUUUUUUUUUUUUUUUUUUGGCAUUUGAUACUGUUAUCAGCCUGCUCUGGGUGAAUUUUUGUUGGUGUGUUUUACUACUCUGCCUUCUUCCUCUCAAGAUUUUUUGCUCUUCAGGGAAAAAAGAGGGACUUUUAUCUGGAAAAGAAUUUUCAGAAAUGAUUUUGGAUUGUCUUAAAUGCUUUAGAGUUCCUGGGGACUUUAGAUUUCAGCCUGGAGUAAGUUUUUUUCUUUGAUCUGGUUGGGAUUAUUUUUCCAGGCUGUGGAAUUUCACUCGUAUUUUACCUGCUUAGUGCUGGGCUCUCUGCAGUUUGGUUGUAGAGUAACAAGGUGGAAGAAUAAGCUGUACUUGGUUAAACUGUUGAAACAUUUUUUGUGAACAGGAUCUAUAAAAACAUAAUUGCAUUUGUUUCACCCCUGUGGAUUCCUGUGGGCCCGACAGCGCAACAGGUUUGCAGAUUUCUUUUAAAAUUACUUUUUCUCUGCCUCAUCAAAAGGCUUUACUUUUAACAGUUUCAUGUUUGAUUGCUGAUUUAUUUGGCUUUCCAAAAUUUAUGGAAACUUUUGAGUUUUUUAACUUGACCUCCAAAUACAGUAGAUGUGUCUGGGAGGUGAAUUUUUAUUUAUUUGGGGGUAUAUCAUUUUUAUUUUUAUUUAUAUUUGUAUGAAGCAAAGGUUUGAAUUUUCAAAAGUUCAUAGUUCUAGCAUAUAUAAAUCACUAUCAUUCAGGCCCAUUUUUGCUUUUCCUGGGUGUUCUGCUGAGAACCUGUGACUAACCUCCCUACUUCUUCCUUUCUUCCUCCUUCCCUCCCUCCUUCCCUCCUCCCCAAGGAAUUUGAAAACGUGUUGGGAAUAGCCUUUUGUUUCUCUUAUGAAUUUAGGGAAUUAUAGAUCAUAAGAUCAGCAUUUUAAAAUAAUUUCCAAAAAAAGUAUCUUGGUUACAUGAUAAAGUGUGCUAGGAGUUUCAUUUGGAAAAUGAAGCUCAAUUCCCCAAGACAGUGAGAAUAACUAGGAUUUGUGGAUUUGAAUUUGAGAAUAAAAUAAAACCGACCAUUUCAAAUGCAUGUCCAGUUUUCAAAGUUAUGUUUAAUCAGUGUUAUUCUAAAAAAGGUGACUUCACUUAAAAUGACCAUUGAAUUAUAAUGACAGAUUUUAGUACAGAAUAAAAAAAGAAUAAGAUGUCAAAGUUUUUUAAGAAAUAUACAAGUUUAGUGGAACUAAAAAUAUAAAUAUCCUGGAUAUUAAUAUAGAGAAACAUUCUAGUAAAUCAUUGUAACAUCGUUUGGCAUUCCUGAGGUGGAACCUGAAGAUUUAUUUUGUAUUUCUGUAUUCCAACACCUUAAGCUCCUUUUUCUUGAACUUUUUUUGUGGAAAUUUUAUGUUUGGAAAGAGUCAUCCCUAAACUGGAUUCCUUGCUGCAUGUCACUUGCUACAUGCGUUUUGGUGCUGAUUUUUUCUCUUUCUUAGUUUAUGAAAUUUUGUUGUAGAUGGCUUAGUGCAUGUGGAAGACUAAAAACCAAGUACUGUUGGUUUAAUAAAAUUCAAAAAUGAGUAUUUCUUAGAUCCCUACUGUGUAGAAGUUACUAUACUAGGCCUGAAUGUUACAAAGACCAAAGAAAAAAACCCCAAGUCUCUGCUUUCAAGGUUCUUUAAUUCUACUGGUUUGAAGUUCAGUUGUUAAGCAAAGUCGGAAAAUCCCAAGAGAAGUGGUCUCUUUUAUUAGGUAGAAUGAAGAUGGGAGAAAUUGUGACACCUUCAGAAAAAGUGAUUGAUGGCUCCCCAUUCCUCUGUUCCAUCAGGAAUGCCACCUGUUCUUGGGAAUUGAAAGAAAGGAAGGGCUUAAAGGACUUUGUAUUUUUUGAAAUUGCAGUAUAAACUGUUGUUUCCCCUCUUUGCCUGGAGCCAGGAACCUUCUUUAGAUAUUAGCUGGCAGGAUUGGGAAAUACGUUCCUGAUCAGUAUGUGUGGACAAAGUGUUUUGCUGCAGCUGGUAGCAUGAGUGGUGGCCACCAGCUGCAGCUGGCUGCCCUCUGGCCCUGGCUGCUGAUGGCUACCCUGCAGGCAGGCCUUGGACAUACAGGGCUGGUACUGGCAGCAGCGGUGGAGUCAGAACGAUCUGCAGAGCAGAAAGCUGUUAUCAGAGUGAUUCCUUUGAAAGUGGACCCCACAGGAAGACUGAACCUCACACUGGAAGGAGUGUUUGCUGGUGUUGCUGAGAUUACUCCAGCUGAAGGAAAACUGAUGCAGUCCCAUCCUCUUUACCUAUGCAACGCCAGUGAUGAUGAUAACCUGGAACCUGGUUUCAUAAGCAUUGUCAAGCUGGAGAGUCCAAGGAGAGCCCCCCGACCCUGUCUAUCAUUGGCCAGCAAGGCCCGAAUGGCAGGUGAGAGAGGAGCAAGUGCUGUCCUCUUUGACAUCACUGAGGACCGUGCAGCUGCUGAACAGCUGCAGCAGCCUCUGGGACUGAGGUGGCCAGUGGUGUUGAUUUGGGAUAAGGAUGCUGAGAAGUUGAUGGAGUUUGUGUAUAAGAACCAAAAGGCCCAUGUGCGAAUUGAGCUGAAGGAGCCCCCAGCUUGGCCAGAUUAUGACGUGUGGAUACUACUCACUGUGGUGGGCAUCAUCUUUGUGGUCAUUCUUGCUUCUGUGCUGCGGAUCCGAUGCCGCCCUCGCCACAGGCCGGAGCCCUUGCAACAACGAACAGCUUGGGCUAUCAGCCAGUUGGCUACUCGAAGGUACAAGACUAAUUGCAGACAACUCCAAUCCCAGUGGUCUAACUCGGGGAGCAGCUGCAGUUCUGCACCCAUCUGUGCAAUCUGCUUAGAAGAGUUUACAGAUGGGCAGGAGCUGCGGGUUAUUUCUUGUCGCCAUGAAUUCCACCGUACCUGUGUAGACCCUUGGCUGCAUCAGCACCAGACCUGCCCACUCUGCAUGUUCAACAUCAUAGAGGGAGAUCGAUUUUCUCAGUCCUCAAGGCCCUCACGUCCAUAUCAAGAACCUGGCAGAAGACUCCAUCUCAUUCGCCAACAUCCUGGUCAUGCCCAUUACCAUCUCCCCGCCGCAUACUUGCAGGGCAUUUCGCAGACUCCAGUAGCCCAAGUCCCUCGACCUGGCCCCUUCUUAGCCUCCAUGGAGCGCGGUUCUUGGUCUCAUCGCCCACCCAGAACCUUGCGACUUGGACAUGCAUGCACUCAGCCUCGCUCAGCGGCUACUCCACAUCCCCAUGCUGCUAGCUGGAGACUGGGCCACCUCGGAGCUUGUUCUGGGCAGCACCCAUCAGCUUGCUCAGCUUCCCCACGAUGGGCAAGGCCACAUGACAGCAGUGGAUCAGGGGAGAGCUAUCAUACAGAGAGAAGUGGCUAUCUGGCAGAUGGACCAGCCAGUGACUCUAGUUCUGGGCCCUGCCAUGGUUCUUCCAGUGACUCAGUGGUCAAUUGCACAGACAUUAGCCUUCAGGGCAUCCAUGGUAGCAGCUCUACCUUCCGAAGUUCCCUUAGUGACUUUGACCCCUUGGUAUACUGCAGCCCUGAGGGUGAAACCCGGGAGGAGGUGCAGCCCAGCAUAGGUUAUCGGCCCCGCUCUCUGGACUCAGUGAUGCCAAAAGCGGAUGUCCAGAUGUCCAGUCACAUCCACUACCAUAAGCACCGGCACCAUCAUUACAAAAAACGCUUCCAGUGGCAUGGCAGGAAAGCUAGCCCAGAAAAUGGAUUAUCCCAGCUCAGACUUGGAGCUUCCCGGACAGAACCCCAAUCAGAGCCACUACCUCUUGUCCAAAAAGUCCCCAAAUCUAUUCCCCCAUCCCCAUCUAGGCAGCUCUCUUAUCCAAGGCCUCAGGCCCUCACAGAGUUACACUAUGGCCCUGAAGAAAACUCUGGCCCCAGCCCUGCUCACCUUUCUAACCCUUUAGGAUUACAGAGAUCUGGUGUCUUGACACGACAUCAGCAAAGGAGACGGAGGGGGCUCCCCGAGCCAGUCUCUGUCACCCAACCCCAGGAUGUUCCUGUGAUCCCUAACUUGCAAGCCCUUCCCCAUAAUGAUUCUAACUUAACGUACCCCUGGCCUCGAGAAGCCCACCCAUUAAUCCCUGGACCUUUGGGCCUGGAUACAAGGCUGCUAUCAGAUACUUCAGGACCCUGUUAUUCAAGCUCACAGCCUGUGUGGCUGUGCCUCACACAUUGCCACCCACUGAGUCCUUGUCCACCUGAGGAGAGACCCAUUGAAUGGAAUCCUGGUGUCCCAGAUGACAGGCCAUGUCCUUACCCACAUUGCCAGGCGCUAACAGCCCAGCCCGGUCCAGAGGAGGAGAUUGAAGAGCUGUGUGAACAAGCAGUGUGAGAUGGGACAGGCUCCAGCUCAAGGCCUCCAAAAACAAUGUGCCCUGGAUGACUUGGCACCUAGCCCAGCUCCAAAUCCCUGCUUCCCUCCCCCUUGAAGAGAAGAAAGGGACUCAGUGAACACCCUUUCUUUGGCUGUACUGAAACAAGU